GCGGGGGCGGGGCCUAUGGGAGCGACCCCUGGCGGCCCCGAGGUGGAAACGCUGUGGCGGCGUCAUGGCUGGGGCUGCUCAGUGCGCGCGGGUGGCCCCCGGUGCAGAUAAAGUACAGAGAGACAAGGCUGGACAGGCCCCAGGGCUCAGGCAGAGCAGCCGGAUGGGGAAGCUCUUGGGGGUUGAGUGGACAGAUGUGUCCAGCUGGCGGAGGUUGGUGACCUUGCUGAAUCGACCGACGGAUCCUGCCAACCUGGCGGUCUUCCGUUUUCUCUUUGGCCUGCUGAUGCUGCUAGACAUUCCCCAGGAGCGGGGCCUCAGCUCCCUGGACCGCAGGUACCUGGAUGGGCUAGAGGUGUGCCGUUUCCCCUUGCUGGAUGUCCUGCGUCCGCUGCCACUGGACUGGAUGUAUCUUGUCUACACCAUCAUGUUUCUGGGGGCCCUGGGCAUGAUGCUGGGCCUGUGCUACAGGAUAAGCUGUGUGCUGUUCCUGCUGCCCUACUGGUAUGUGUUUCUCCUGGACAAGACGUCGUGGAACAACCACUCCUAUCUGUAUGGUUUGUUGGCUUUUCAGCUGACGUUCAUGGAUGCACACCACUACUGGUCUGUGGACGGCCUGCUGAGUGCCCGGAAGAGGAACGCACACGUGCCACUCUGGAACUACACAGUGCUGCGUGGCCAGAUCUUCAUCGUGUACUUCAUUGCGGGUGUGAAAAAGCUGGAUGCAGACUGGGUUGAAGGCUAUUCCAUGGAAUACCUGUCUCGGCACUGGCUCUUCAGCCCCUUCAAGCUCGUGCUGUCCGAGGAGAUGACGAGCCUGCUGGUGGUGCACUGGUGUGGGCUGCUGCUCGACCUCUCCGCCGGUUUCCUGCUCUUCUUCGAUGCCUCGAGACCCAUUGGCCUUAUCUUCGUGUCCUACUUCCACUGCAUGAACUCCCAGCUCUUCAGCAUUGGUAUGUUCCCCUACGUCAUGCUGGCCAGCAGCCCUCUUUUCUGCUCCCCUGAGUGGCCUCGGAAGCUGGUAACCCUCUGCCCCAAGAGGCUGCAGGAACUGCUGCCCCUCAAGGCCGCCCCUCAACCCAGUGCUUCCUGUGUGUAUAAGAGGAGCCGGACCAAAAAUGGGCAGAAGUCAGGGCUGCGCCAUCAUCUGGGAGCCGCCUUCACCCUGCUCUACCUCCUGGAGCAGCUCUUCCUGCCCUAUUCCCAUUUCCUCACCCAGGGCUAUAACAACUGGACCAACGGGCUCUAUGGCUACUCCUGGGACAUGAUGGUGCACUCCCGCUCCCACCAGCACGUGAAGAUCACCUACCGCGAUGGCCGCACGGGCGAGCUGGGCUACCUCAACCCUGGGGUGUUCACCCAGAGUCGGCGCUGGAAGGACCAUGCAGACAUGCUGAAGCAGUAUGCCACUUGCCUGAGCCGCCUGCUUCCCAAGUACAAUGUCACUGAGCCCCAGAUCUACUUUGAUAUUUGGGUCUCCAUCAAUGACCGCUUCCAGCAGAGGAUUUUUGACCCUCGUGUAGACAUCGUGCAGGCCGCCUGGUCCCCCUUCCAGCGGACACCCUGGCUGCAGCCGCUGCUGAGGGACCUGUCUCCCUGGAGGGCCAAGCUCCAGGAGAUCAAGAGCAGCCUGGACAACUACACCGAUGUGGUCUUCAUUGCGGACUUUCCAGGGCUGCACCUGGAGAACUUUGUGAGUGAAGACCUGGGCAACACCAGCAUCCAGCUGCUGCAGGGGGAGGUGACUGUGGAGCUGGUGGCAGAAGAGAAGAACCAGACUCUUCGGGAAGGAGAGAGGAUGCAGUUGCCUGCUGGCGAAUACCAUAAGGUGUAUACAGUGUCACCCAGUCCUUCCUGCUACAUGUACAUUUACGUCAACACUACAGAGGUGGCGCUGGAACAAGACCUGGCACAUCUGCAGGAACUGAAGGAGAAGGUGGAGAAUGGAAGUGAAACAGGGCCCCUACCUCCAGAACUGCAGCCUCUGCUGGAGGGGGAAGUAAAAGGAGGCCCUGAGCCAACACCUCUGGUUCAGACCUUCCUUAGACGUCAGCAAAGGCUCCAGGAGAUUGAACGCCGGCGAAAUAGCCCCUUCCACGAGCGAAUCUUUCGCUUCGUGCUGCGAAAGCUCUAUAUCUUUCGCCGCAGCUUCCUGAUGACCUGUAUCUCACUUCGAAACCUGGUGCUGGGCCGCCCUCCCCUGGAGCAGCUGGCCCAGGAGGUGACCUAUGCAAACUUGCGGCCCUUUGAGCCAGCUGGAGAGUCAAGUCCUUCAAACAUCGAGUCUUCAAAUCCUGAGUCAAAUUCUGCCCCUGACCACUCAGAGCUCUGAGUGGGGCCAGAUCUUCCUUAGGUGGCAGAUGUGGGGACAGCAGCCAGGUGCAGGGCCACCACAUCCGCACUGGACCUGGAGGUGGAAAAAUCGUCUCAGAUAUUCUUUAUAUAUAUUUUUUGUCCAUAACUUGUUAAAAUUUGGAGAUGAUAGCUCAGAGGAGCUAAAAAAAAUUAAAGUGCGAGUACGUUUUAUGAAUCCAAGGUUGAAGGGCCAGGAGGAAGUUUGAAUCAGUGUCCUAGAAUUCACUGUGCUUUGAAUCAGUGUCCUAGAAUACAAGUGACUGGCUCCUAGAGGAGAAAGUUCAGGUGCCACAAUGAAAAUACCAGCUCGCUCUCCUCAGGCACGCUUCACGCCGGGCACCACGUGAAGCAGGCCUCUUGUGUUAUCACACUGACUCCCCACUUUACAGUUGGGGAAAUCAAGGCUGAGAGGUAAUAGAAUUUGCCCAAAGACACUCAGCUAGGAAGGGAUGGAUCGUUGGUUGGAAGUCAAGACUGACUGGGGGCCUGUGCCCUGCCUCUUGGAAUUUUCAGAAUCACUGUCAAUAAGUUCUGAAAUAAUGCAGCUUAGUAUGUGUUCUUUCAGUGAGAAGUACGAUUAGGAGGGAAUCAGUUUUAAAUAUGCACAGGGUAAUUAAUUUUAUGUUUACUAUAAUUCCGGCUCCUUCUUUGUUCCUGUUGUCUAUAGAGCAGUAAGUUCUUUCCUACCAAUUAUGAGAAUAGUUGGAAUAGCACCACCAAAGUUAAACUAGUAAGAAUUAGGUGAUUGGUGGUUGCAUUUCUCUAAAAUUAAGUAUAAGUUUUACCCUUCUAGCCUUUAGUGAGCAGAAAGUGAUGGAAAUCAAGAAGUAAUCAAACUUGGUGAGGGAUCAGGGGAUGUUUUGCGGUCAUUUUGGAGGUUUGGAUGCAAGGGUGAUUGAGAAGCUCCUCCUGGAGUGGAGGUUCUCGAAGGCCUGGCACUGCGCUGGGAAGCAGGACCGCCCUGCCCUCUGCAGGCUUCUCUUCUUGUGCCCACUGCUCCACAGCCGCUUGCCUUGGACCAUGGUCCCAGGGCUCUUCCCAGGCUGCUGCCUUGUCACUUUGCACAUUUGGGGUGAUCAUGUCCACUCUUUGGUUUCUUUGCUGACCCCUAGACUUUUAUAUUUAAUUAGCUUCCCUGGGUAUCCCACAGGGCCCUCAAACCCAGGCUAUCCUAAUUAGAAUCAUCUCCAACUCAGUCCUGCUUCUCCUUUAUUAGAAAGUAAUAACACCCUAUACUUUUUUGGGACCAAGCCAUAGUUGUCAUUCCUGACAUUUCUUGUAAUUGCAAAUCUCAUCAGUUCUACUUCCCAUCAAUUGAGUCUGUUCAUUUAAUCUCUCCUACCUCUGUGUCUCUCUAGCCUUUACUUUGGAAUCUCGCUUCCUACUGGGGUCUGGUUACCAUCAGACCAGGGCACGGUCAGCCAGUUUUGCUUGGCACUGUGUCCUUUGCCAGUAAAGUCAGCUCUCCUGUUCCCCCAGGUCCUUGCCAGUUUGCUUGACCGGUAAGAAAAGCAGCUCUUCAUUUUGGGAGGGGAACUCUCUUGCAAAAGGACUUUUCUUGAUUAUGGGCAAGGAUGCUAUCUUCCUCAAACUGUUGUGUACCACCUCUCUGACCCAUUUCUGCUAUGAAAAUAUUGGGGUGGGAUGGAGAAGAAAGGUGGCCAUCUAAAUGCUGGUUAAGACGAGCUCUGUUGGGUGGCAUACAGCUGGGGUUGUUCAGGUUGCAGGAGGCAUUGCCCAGUGCCCCUGCACCUGCCCUGGGAAUGGGCUACCAAUGUCAUUUUAGCCAGAGGGCUUCAGUACUAAUCCUGUUCCUAUCCUUCCCCCAGCUUCUGGAUCUUUCCUUUGACCCUGACUGGUGUUACCACCUUUGAAGUUUUCUAGAAAAGCAAGUGAAAUACCCAUUUUCUAAACUAAACAAGUUACAUAAUUGACAUUCCCUCGUCCAGGAGUCUCACACUUCGUGCUUUCUCACCCACCUCCUUGCACCCCCACUCCUCGGCUCUUGCUGCUCUCCCAGCCUGGGAAUGCUCAUCCACCUUCAGGUCUUUAGGAAACCUUUCACCCCAGGCUGCACAGGGACCAGUCCCCUUUAGAGUGAACUCGUUCCUGCCCAUCUGCAAGUUCUAGGGUAGGUCUUCUCCCUCUAAAGUUUACCUAGCAAAUAACACCUGUGGCCCUGUCCACCAGUUUAGAACCACCCCUCCCCACUCUCGUAUUUGGCCAAGACGGGUAUUACUAGCCUUUAGGCAAGCAGUGGAUAGGCAUCUAAAAGCUCUUUUUGCAAACUCGUUCUGAAGCUUCUCAGUGGCAUGCUGGAUGGAGGUUCUCAAAUAGCUGAAUCUUUGUUCCCACCCUAAGUUUCUAACCCUCCUGGCAAACAGGCCUAACACUUAAAAAAAAGUUGAACACAUUUCAUACCAUAGAUGGUGGAAAAAUAUUGCAUAUGUCACCUGUCUACAGGUUAGCCCCUAGCCUUGUGGAUAGUUUACAACCAGUGUUACUCAGUGUGGCCAAUGGACCUGGACCAUCUCUGUAACCAGUGAAACUUAAACUUUUGGAAUCAUAGCAUUUUCACUGUAAUUUUAUGUUGAACCUAAUAAAUUUUGAGAAACUGUC